AUGGCGCAGAAAGGCCAGCUCAGCGACGAUGAGAAGUUCCUCUUCGUGGACAAGAACUUCAACAGCCCCGUGGCGCAGGCCGACUGGGUGGCCAAGAAGCUGGUGUGGAUCCCGUCGGAGAAGCAGGGCUUCGAGGCGGCCAGCAUCAAGGAGGAGAAGGGCGACGAGGUGGUGGUGGAGCUGGAGAACGGCAAGAAGGUGACGGUGGGCAAGGACGACAUCCAGAAGAUGAACCCGCCCAAGUUCUCCAAGGUGGAGGACAUGGCCGAGCUGACGUGCCUCAACGAGGCCUCGGUGCUGCACAACCUCCGUGAGAGAUACUUCUCCAGCCUUAUCUACACGUACUCGGGCCUCUUCUGCGUGGUCAUCAACCCUUACAAGCAGCUGCCCAUCUACUCGGAGAAGAUCGUGGACAUGUACAAGGGCAAGAAGCGGCACGAGAUGCCCCCCCACAUCUAUGCCAUCGCCGACACGGCCUACCGGAGCAUGCUUCAAGACCGGGAGGACCAGUCCAUCCUCUGCACGGGCGAGUCCGGAGCGGGGAAGACGGAGAACACCAAGAAGGUGAUCCAGUACCUGGCGGUGGUGGCGUCCUCCCACAAGGGCAAGAAGGACACGAGCAUCACGGGGGAGCUGGAGAAGCAGCUGCUGCAAGCCAACCCGAUUCUGGAGGCUUUUGGCAAUGCCAAAACGGUCAAGAAUGACAACUCCUCGCGAUUCGGCAAGUUUAUCCGCAUCAACUUCGACGUCACCGGCUACAUCGUGGGUGCCAACAUCGACACGUACCUGCUGGAAAAGUCCCGGGCCAUUCGCCAGGCCAGAGACGAGAGGACCUUCCACAUCUUUUACUACAUGAUCGCUGGGGCCAAGGACAAGAUGAAAGAGGACUUGCUUUUGGAGGGCUUCAGCAACUACACGUUCCUCUCCAAUGGCUACGUGCCCAUCCCAGCCGCUCAGGACGACGAGAUGUUCCUGGAGACCUUGGAGGCCAUGGGGAUCAUGGGCUUCAAUGAGGAGGAGCGGCUGGCCGUGCUCAAGGUGGUCUCCUCCGUGCUGCAGCUUGGAAACAUCGUCUUCAAGAAGGAAAGGAACACAGACCAGGCGUCCAUGCCCGACAACACGGCUGCCCAGAAGGUUUGCCACCUCGCAGGAAUCAACGUGACAGAUUUCACAAGAGCCAUCCUGACCCCACGCAUCAAGGUUGGGCGGGAUGUCGUGCAGAAGGCACAGACCAAAGAGCAGGCCGACUUUGCCAUCGAGGCGCUGGCCAAGGCCACGUACGAGCGCCUCUUCCGCUGGAUCCUUGGCCGUGUCAACAAAGCGCUGGACAAGACCCACCGGCAAGGGGCUUCGUUCCUGGGCAUCCUGGACAUCGCCGGCUUCGAGAUCUUCGAGGUGAACUCCUUCGAGCAGCUCUGCAUCAACUACACCAACGAGAAGCUGCAGCAGCUCUUCAACCACACCAUGUUCAUCCUGGAGCAGGAGGAGUACCAGCGCGAGGGCAUCGAGUGGAACUUCAUCGACUUCGGCCUCGACCUGCAGCCCUGCAUUGAGCUCAUCGAGCGGCCGAACAAUCCCCCCGGCGUGCUGGCCCUGCUGGACGAGGAGUGCUGGUUCCCCAAGGCCACGGACAAGUCCUUCGUGGAGAAGCUGUGCUCCGAGCAGGGCAACCACCCCAAGUUCCAGAAGCCCAAGCAGCUCAAGGACAAGACCGAGUUCUCCAUCAUCCACUAUGCCGGGAAGGUGGACUACAACGCCAGCGCCUGGCUGACCAAGAACAUGGACCCGCUGAACGACAACGUCACCUCCCUCCUCAACGCGUCCUCGGACAAGUUUGUGGCCGACCUGUGGAAGGAUGUGGACCGCAUCGUGGGCCUGGACCAGAUGGCCAAGAUGACCGAGAGCUCCCUGCCCAGCGCCUCCAAGACCAAGAAGGGCAUGUUCCGCACCGUGGGGCAGCUGUACAAGGAGCAGCUGGGCAAGCUGAUGACCACUCUGCGCAACACCACGCCCAACUUCGUGCGCUGCAUCAUCCCCAACCACGAGAAGCGGUCGGGCAAGCUGGACGCCUUCCUGGUCCUGGAGCAGCUGCGGUGCAACGGCGUCCUGGAGGGCAUCCGCAUCUGCCGCCAGGGCUUCCCCAACCGCAUCGUCUUCCAGGAGUUCCGCCAGCGCUACGAGAUUCUGGCGGCCAACGCCAUCCCCAAGGGCUUCAUGGACGGGAAGCAGGCCUGCAUCCUCAUGAUCAAAGCCCUUGAACUCGACCCCAACUUGUACCGCAUCGGGCAGAGCAAAAUCUUCUUCCGCACGGGGGUCCUGGCCCACCUGGAGGAGGAGCGUGACCUGAAGAUCACCGACGUGAUCAUGGCCUUCCAGGCCAUGUGCCGCGGCUACCUGGCCAGGAAGGCCUUCACCAAGCGGCAGCAGCAGCUGACGGCCAUGAAGGUGAUCCAGAGGAACUGCGCUGCCUACCUCAAGCUGCGCAACUGGCAGUGGUGGCGGCUCUUCACCAAGGUCAAGCCCUUGCUCCAGGUGACGCGGCAGGAGGAGGAGAUGCAGGCCAAGGAGGACGAGCUGCAGAAGAUCAAGGAGCGGCAGCAGAAGGCAGAGACGGAGCUCAAGGAGCUGGAGCAGAAGCACACGCAGCUGUCCGAGGAGAAGAACCAGCUGCAGGAGCAGCUCCAGGCGGAGACGGAGCUGUACGCCGAGGCCGAGGAGAUGCGCGUCCGGCUGGCGGCCAAGAAGCAGGAACUGGAGGAGAUCCUGCACGAGAUGGAGGCCCGCCUGGAGGAGGAGGAAGACAGAGGCCAGCAGCUGCAGGCAGAGAGGAAGAAGAUGGCGCAGCAGAUGCUGGACCUGGAGGAGCAGCUGGAGGAGGAAGAAGCCGCGAGGCAGAAGCUGCAGCUGGAGAAGGUCACAGCGGAGGCCAAGAUCAAGAAACUGGAGGAUGAGAUGCUGGUCAUGGACGACCAGAACAACAAGCUGUCCAAAGAGCGGAAGCUCCUCGAAGAGCGCAUCAGCGACCUGACGACGAACCUGGCGGAGGAGGAGGAGAAAGCCAAGAACCUGACCAAGCUGAAGAACAAGCACGAGUCCAUGAUCUCGGAGCUGGAAGUGCGGCUGAAGAAGGAGGAGAAGGGCCGGCAGGAGCUGGAGAAGCUGAAGCGGAAGCUGGAGGGGGAGGCCAGCGACUUCCACGAGCAGAUCCAGGACCUGCAGGCGCAGAUCGAGGAGCUCAAGAUGCAGCUGGCCAAGAAGGAGGAGGAGCUGCAGGCGGCGCUGGCCAGGCUGGAUGACGAAAUCGCGCAGAAGAACAACGCCCUCAAGAAGAUCCGGGAGCUGGAGGGGCACAUCUCGGACCUCCAGGAGGACCUGGACUCGGAGCGGGCGGCCAGGAACAAGGCCGAGAAGCAGAAGCGGGACCUGGGCGAGGAGCUGGAGGCGCUGAAGACGGAGCUGGAGGACACGCUGGACAGCACGGCCACCCAGCAGGAGCUGAGGGCCAAGAGGGAGCAGGAGGUGACGGUGCUGAAGAAAGCGCUGGACGAGGAGACGCGGUCGCACGAGGCGCAGGUGCAGGAGAUGCGGCAGAAACACACGCAGGCGGUGGAGGAGCUCACGGAGCAGCUGGAGCAGUUCAAGCGGGCCAAGGCGAACCUGGACAAGAACAAACAGACGCUGGAGAAGGAGAAGGCGGACCUGGCGAGCGAGCUGCGGUCGCUGGGCCAGGCCAAGCAGGAGGUGGAGCACAAGAGGAAGAAGCUGGAGACGCAGCUGCAGGAGCUGCAGUCCAAGUGCAGCGAUGGGGAGCGGGUCCGGGCCGAGCUGGACGACAGGGUGCACAGGCUGCAGGGCGAGGUGGAGAGCGUCACGGGCAUGCUGAGUGAGGCCGAGGGCAAGGCCAUCAAGCUGGCCAAGGACGUGUCAUCGCUCAGCUCCCAGCUCCAGGACACGCAGGAGCUGCUUCAGGAGGAGACGCGGCAGAAGCUGAACGUGUCCACCAAGCUGCGGCAGCUGGAGGACGAGCGGAACAGCCUGCAGGAGCAGCUGGACGAGGAGACGGAGGCCAAGCAGAACCUGGAGCGCCACGUGUCCAGCCUCAACAUGCAGCUCUCCGACUCCAAGAAGAAACUGCAGGACUUCGCCCUCACCGUGGAGUCCCUGGAGGAGGGCAAGAAGCGCUUCCAGAAGGAGAUCGAGGGCCUCACGCAGCAGUACGAGGAGAAGGCGGCCGCUUACGACAAACUGGAAAAGACCAAGAACAGGCUUCAGCAGGAGCUGGACGACCUGCUCGUGGACUUGGACAACCAGCGCCAACUGGUGUCCAACCUGGAGAAGAAGCAGAAGAAGUUCGAUCAGCUGCUGGCCGAGGAGAAGAACAUCUCUUCCAAAUACGCUGAUGAGAGGGACCGGGCCGAGGCGGAGGCCCGGGAGAAGGAGACCAAGGCGCUGUCCCUGGCGCGGGCCCUCGAGGAAACCCUGGAGGCCAAGGAGGAGCUGGAGCGAGCCAACAAGAUGCUGCGGGCCGAGAUGGAGGACCUGGUCAGCUCCAAGGACGAUGUGGGCAAGAACGUCCACGAGCUGGAGAAGUCCAAGCGGGCACUGGAGGCCCAGAUGGAGGAGAUGAAGACGCAGCUGGAGGAGCUGGAGGACGAGCUGCAGGCCACGGAGGACGCCAAGCUGCGCCUGGAGGUCAACAUGCAGGCGCUCAAGGGCCAGUUUGAGCGCGACCUGCAGGCGCGGGAGGAGCAGAACGAGGAGAAGCGGCGGCAGAUGCAGCGGCAGCUCCACGAGUACGAGACGGAACUGGAGGACGAGCGGAAGCAGCGGGCACUGGCGGCGGCGGCCAAGAAGAAGCUGGAAGGGGACCUGAAGGACCUGGAGCUGCAGGCGGACUCGGCCGUCAAGGGCCGCGAGGAGGCCAUCAAGCAGCUUCGGAAGCUGCAGGCCCAGAUGAAGGACUUCCAGAGGGAGCUGGAGGAUGCCCGUGCGUCCCGCGAGGAGGUCUUUGCCACGGCCAAGGAGAACGAGAAGAAAGCCAAGAGCCUGGAGGCCGAGCUCAUGCAGCUGCAGGAGGACCUGGCGGCGGCUGAGCGGGCUCGCAAGCAGGCGGACCUGGAGAAGGACGAGCUGGCCGAGGAGCUGGCCAGCAGCGUGUCCGGGAGGAACACGCUGCAGGACGACAAGCGGCGGCUGGAGGCCCGGAUCGCGCAGCUGGAGGAGGAGCUGGAGGAGGAGCAGAGCAACACGGAGGCCCUGAGCGAGCGGGCGCGCAAGGCCUCCCAGCAGGCCGAGCAACUCAGCGGCGAGCUGGCCACGGAGCGCAGCGCGGCGCAGAAGAACGAGAGCGCCCGGCAGCAGCUGGAGCGGCAGAACAAGGAGCUCCGGGGCAAGCUGCAGGAGAUGGAGGGCGCCGUCAGGUCCAAGUUCAAGACCACCAUCGCCUCGCUGGAGGCCAAGGUGGCGCAGCUGGAGGAGCAGCUGGACCAGGAGGCCAGAGAGAAGCAGGCCGUGGCCAAGGCGCUGAAGCAGAAGGACAAGAAGCUGAAGGAGGUGAUGCUGCAGGUGGAGGACGAGCGCAAGGCGGCUGAGCAGUACAAGGAGCAGGCCGAGAAAGGGAACGUGCGGGUGAAGCAGCUGAAGCGGCAGCUGGAGGAGGCGGAGGAGGAGUCUCAGCGCAUCAACGCCAACCGCCGGAAGCUGCAGCGCGAGCUGGACGAGGCCACCGAGAGCAACGAGGCCAUGGGCCGCGAGGUGACCGCGCUCAAGAGCAAGCUCAGACGCGGUAAUGAGCCCAGCCUGGUGCCCUCGAGGAGGUCAGGGGGCCGUCGGGUCAUCGAGAACGCGGACGGCUCGGACGAGGAGCUGGACGGCCGGGACUCGGACUUCAACGGCACCAAAGCCAGCGAGUAGU